AUGACUGGAGAUGAUUUAUUUGAAAUCAAUAAGUUGAAGAAUAAGCUUGAGGCUGAAUUUGACAUUAAAGACCUGGAAAAGCUUAAAUAUUUUCUCGGAAUGGAGUUUGCAAGGUCCAAGGAGGGAAUCUUUAUCAACCAACGCAAAUACAUUCUUGAUUUGCUCAAGGAGAYAGGGAUGACAGGUUGUAAAGCCRCAGAAACUCCAAUGGACCCAAAUAUGAAGUUAAAAGCAGCAACAACAAAUGAGGUGGUUGAUCGAGAACGUUAUCAAAGAUUAGUUGGAAGACUAAUCUAUUUGUCACACACAAGACCUGACAUAGCCUUUGCAGUAAGUGUAGUAAGUCAGUUUAUGCAUUCACCUGGACCUACUCACUUUGAAGCUGUGUUCAGGAUUUUGAGAUACCUGAAAGGAACUCCGGGGAAAGGACUCUUGUUCAAAAAUAGGGGUCAUCUCCAAGUCGAAGCCUACACAGAUGCAGAUUGGGCAGGUAAUAUAAAUGAUAGAAGAUCUACUUCAGGUUUCUGCACUUUGGUAGGAGGGAAUUUGGUCACCUGGAGGAGCAAAAAACAGAGUGUUGUAGCAAGGAGUAGUGCAGAGGCAGAAUUCCGCUCUGUUGCACAUGGCUUUUGUGAAGUGUUAUGGAUCAAAAGGCUCCUAGAAGAGUUGAAGGUUCCUACACCAACACCUAUUAAAGUCUAUUGUGAUAAUAAGGCAAUUAUUUCCAUAGCUCAUAAUCCAGUUCUACAUGACAGAACAAAGCAUGUAGAAGUGGAUAAACAUUUCAUCAAGGAGAAGAUAGACAGUGGUGUGAUAUGCAUGUCCUACAUACCCACCACGAGCCAAGUAGCAGACAUUCUCACCAAAGGGCUUCCUAGGGCGUAG